AAAUGUUGUGUCUGGUCAGACUCAUUAGUCACAAUAAGAAUGAGAGGUCUGGCACUGCUGUUACUGCUGGGAGCCCUGAGAGGGUGUCUCUUACAGAAUAUCCGGGUGUCCCAGAUCCCUGCAGUGAGUGCCACAGAGGGCAGCACAGUCACCUUACAGUGUCACUAUACACUCAGCAGCACUGAGAAUGGGACCAUGGGCUGGUACAGGUGGUACAGACAUGUGCUGGGGGGGCCUGAGGUCACUAAUAAUAGUGGGAAUUUCACAGGCAGAGUCUCCGGAGCAUGUCAGAGUGAAUUUAUCAAUAACAGAUCAGCCAGCAUCCAGCUGCACAGAGUGCAAAUCUCAGACACCGGAAUGUACAUCUGUGAAGUUGCACUGGAGCUCAGUCGGACUUUACAAGGACAUGGGAAUGGGACCUUCCUUAAUGUGACAGCUGAUGUUACAGCCAGUACUUCAUGGGGAUACUUCACCCUUUAUCAUUGUAUCGGAGCAGUCGCCCUGGGUUUACUAAUGUCAUUUGCACUUUAUCUGAACUGCAAGGAACAUAAGCAGGUUAUUAGAGAAGAAGAAAUUAUUUGUGCCUAUAAGAAGCAAGCAAACAUGGAUCCCACCGACUGUACAGAACAAAUUGUAUACAGCACUGUUUGAUUGAUAAGGGCCCUUAACCCACAAUAUGCUGGAGGGAAAAUGCAGAAUUCUACAGACAAUUACACAACUGUAAAGAAUAAGAACAUGGGAGUCUCCACCAAAAUGCCCAGCUCUUUAUAGGGAAUAUC